AUGUCCGCCCAGGCCACCCUCUGCAGCGCUCUGGCGGUGCCCGUUGCCCGCGUGGCGGUGCAGACCGCCCAAAAAUCCGUAGUGGCGCCCUCACGCAUGCACAUGGUGCAGCGCCGCACCACCCUCCGGGCAGUUGGCGCUGGUGCAGGCCGCCGGGCUGCCGUGUUUGUGAGCGCCGCCGCCGCCACCGAGCAGGCCGGCCUCAUCGCCCCCCACGGCGGCAAGCUGGUCAACCUCAUGCUGCCCGCGGACAAGAAGCAGGCCGCCGUCGACUCCUGCAACAAGACCAUCGAGCUGUCGGACCGCAACGCGUGUGAUGUGGAGCUGCUGACCGUGGGCGGCUUCUCCCCGCUGUCUGGCUUCAUGAACAAGGCCGACUACGAGUCUGUGGUGGAGCAGCACCGGCUGGCCAACGGCCUGCUCUUCGGCCUGCCCGUGGUGCUGGACACAGACAGCGACGACAUCUCGCUGGGGGACCGUGUACUGCUGACGUACAACGGCCAGAAGCUGGCUGUGUUCACUGUGGAGAGCAAGUGGCGGCCCAACAAGCCUCUGGAGGCCAAGAACUGCUACGGCACCACCUCCAUCGAGCACCCGGCUGUGCAGAUGAUUACCAUGGAGCGGGGCAAGUAUUACAUGGGAGGGAAGGUGGAGGGCCUGGAGCUGCCCACCCGGGUCUUCCCCUGCGCCUCGCCCGCAGACGUGCGCUCCACGCUGCCCGAGGGCGUGGAUGUGCUGGCCUUCCAGUGCCGCAACCCCAUCCACCGCGCCCACUACGAGCUCUUCAUCCGCGCCCUGGACGCCCCCAACGUCUCCAAGGACGCCGUCUGCCUGGUGCACCCCACCUGCGGGCCCACGCAGGACGACGACAUCCCCGGCAUUGUGCGGUACCGCACCUACGAGGUGCUGGCGGCCGAGGCCAACAACCCGCGCCUGCGGUGGGCCUACCUGCCCUACAGCAUGCACAUGGCGGGCCCCCGCGAGGCCAUCCAGCACAUGAUCAUCCGCAAGAACUACGGCUGCACACACUUCAUCAUCGGCCGAGACAUGGCCGGAUCCAAGUCCAGCCUGACCGGCGAGGACUUUUACGGCGCGUACGAUGCCCAGGAGUUUGCCACCGCCAACGCGCCGGAGCUGGGCAUGCAGACCGUGCCCUCCCUCAACAUCACAUACACAGAGGAGAAGGGGUAUGUGACUGCUGACGUGGCGGAGCGGGAGGGCCUGCACAAGCUCAACCUCAGCGGCACCAAAGCCGCCGCUGCCUGCAACGGCCAUGCCGCUGCCUGCGCCAGCCCCUGCUGA